AUGGGGCCGAAACCUACAGUGGCGACGUCUGGGGGCGCAGACAUAUUGGACCACACUGGCUCCAACCAAUCCUGUGUCUCUGCGUUCCAGUGGCAUGCGAGGAAGAUAAGCAACGAACCAGAGAAGGACACGACUGAGCAGCAGUAUGUAAUGAGCGGCGUGGCCAGCGUGGUCUCGGGUAUUCUACAGUGCCGGCGUCUGAGGGCUCAGACUUAUUUGACCACACUGGCUUCAGCCAAUCGCGUGUCUCUUUGCGUUCCAAUGGCAUGCGAGGAAGAUAGGCAGCCAACAAGUGACAGAUACUUACGCGAUGCAGUUCAUAAUGAGCGUUGUGGCCAGCGUGGUGGACUCGGGUGGACGGCGCCAGGCUCUUCUUCCUUCCUGGGGUUGGCAAUUCUACGGCGGUGUGUUAUGACGGCGUAUGAGGGCUGCCAUCUUGGUGUUCAGCCAUUGAUCGAGAGCCAGAUUCGCGACUUAGUGACAGCAUCACAUGAGGAUCUGUGUGACUUUCGGUUGCGUGGGCCUCAAUUGUUUCGAAUGGAGCGCCAGAGCUGA